AUGGAUUCGUUUGUAAAAUGGAUGGUGAAGAAAAUAACUGAUGUUAGCGGUAUUGAUGAGAAAAAGAAGAAGUGUGCAGAAAUCGAAGACGCUCAAAAAAUCCGAAUAGAUUCUUCCCCACUUCACUGCCCUGUUUGUUUAUCUGUUUUCUUUAAAUCACCAGAAAUUUUGCCUUGUGGACAUUCUUUUUGUUUUAAAUGUAUUGAUUCUGUUAGAAAGAGUUGUGUUCAAUUAAAUAGACAAAGACAAGCCCCUUUCAAAAACACAUUUGAAUGUCCUCUUUGCCGUUUCAACGUUCCCUUAAAUGCAAAAAAGACUAGAAAUUAUGCAUUAGAAGCUAUUCUUGAUUCACUUGAGGUUUAUGAUGAAGGAAAUAGUGAAAUGGAAAUAAAUGAUAGUAUUGCGGCGUUACAAUAUGCGAAUAAACGACUUAAAGCUGAAAAACAAGAACAGCAACAAACAAUUGGAGAAUUAAAUAACCAAUUAGAAUAUGCUAGAAAGACAAUAAUUCGAAUGAUUACUUUAUUUAGUUUAAUUGGAAUUACUUUGGUGGCUGGGCUAUUGGCAAAAGAAGUGUGGAAAUUUUUUUGA